AUGUCCAAACUUAUGAUUGGACCCUUAAACAUCAACUCAAUCAGAAAUAAAUUUGAACAUUUAAACAAUCUCUUGUGUGAUAAAGUUGAUAUUUUCUUAGUAUCAGAAACAAAACUUGAUGGAAGCUUUCUGAACUCACAAUUUCAUAUGGAUGGUUUUUAUCCACCAUUCAGAAACGAUAGAAACCAAUAUGGUGGAGGUGUUAUGUUUUAUGUUAGAAAUAACAUUGUUUGCAGACAAAUCGAUAAAUCGUCCUUACCAGAAGAUAUAGAAGCAAUAUUUUUGGAAAUUAAUUUACGUAAACAAAAAUGGAUUGUUGCUGGCAUUUAUAAACCACCAUCCUUGAAUACUAAAUAUUUUACAAGAUGCAUUCGUGAGUUUCUUUCGAAAAUUAAUUCUGAUAAUAUUAUUUUAAUGGGUGAUUUUAAUGCUGUUGAACAUGACGAUGAUAUGUUACUUUUUAAUUCAGAGUUGCGUUUAAAAAACCUCAUUAAAAAACCAACGUGUCACAAAUCAUUACAAAAUCCAUCAUGUGUCGAUCACAUAUGGGUGUCUGAUUCUAAACGAUUCCACCACACCAGCAUUUUGGAAAACGACCUUUCUGAUUAUCACGAUGUAGUUGUAACUUUCUUAAAUGUGGAAAUAGCAAAGAAAGGUCCUAAAAUUAUAAAUUAUCGUUGUUACAGACUUUUUAAUGACGAACAUUUUAAACAUGACCUGGAGUUACUUAUUGCAUUAAACAAUGACUUAAAUUACAACGACUUUGACGAACAAUUCAGUCAGUUGGUCAGCAAACACGCCCCUAUAAAAUACAAAGUUGUUAGAAAUAAUAACUCCCCAUUUAUAACAAAAGCAGUACGAAAGGAGAUAAUGAUUCGAUCGAGAUUUAAAAAUAUCUACAAUAAGCACCCUUCUAUUAAAAACUGGGAAAACUUUAAAAGGCAAAGAAACAAAUGUGUCACUGUUUGUAGAGACGCGAAAAGAAUUUAUUACACAUCACUAAAUAUGAACAACAUUUUUGAUAACAAAAGGUUCUGGAAAACUGUAAAGCCGAUAUUUUCCAACAAAUGUGUAAAAGAUACAGUCCAAGUAAUAGUUGAAAAUGAUCAAAUAAUUCGUGAAAAAGAACAUAUAGCAAAUAUAAUAAAUGGUCAUUUUGUUAAUGUCACGAAUUCUUUGCAUAUUUAUGGAAUUCCGCACGAAAACUAUAACGAUAUUAAAAACGAUAUUGAAAACGUCAUCAAGAAUUACGAACAGCAUCCAAGUAUAAUAUGGAUAAAUUAA